AUGCUCAAGUGCAUCCCACUGUGGCGCUGUAACCGGCACGUGGAGUCGGUGGACCGGCGGCAUUGCUCUCUGCAGGCCGUGCCCGAGGAGAUCUACCGCUACAGCCGUAGCCUGGAGGAGCUGCUGCUGGACGCCAACCAGCUGCGCGAGCUGCCCAAGCCCUUUUUCCGAUUGCUGAACCUGCGGAAGCUGGGUCUCAGUGACAACGAGAUCCAGCGCCUGCCGCCGGAGGUGGCCAACUUCAUGCAGCUGGUGGAGCUGGACGUGUCUCGGAACGACAUCCCUGAGAUCCCAGAGAGCAUCAAAUUCUGCAAGGCCUUGGAGAUUGCUGACUUCAGUGGGAACCCCUUGUCCAGACUCCCAGACGGCUUCACUCAGCUGCGAAGCCUGGCCCACCUGGCCCUGAACGAUGUGUCCCUGCAGUCGCUGCCCGGGGACGUGGGCAACCUUGCCAACCUGGUGACCCUGGAACUACGUGAGAACCUGCUGAAGUCCCUGCCUGCCUCUCUGUCCUUCCUGGUCAAGCUGGAGCAGCUGGACCUCGGCGGCAAUGACCUGGAAGUACUGCCCGACACCCUGGGGGCGCUGCCCAACCUGCGUGAACUGUGGCUCGACCGGAACCAGCUCUCAGUCCUGCCCGCGGAGUUGGGGAACCUGCGUCGCCUGGUGUGCCUGGACGUGUCCGAGAACCGCUUGGAAGAGCUGCCUGCAGAGCUGGGGGGGCUGGUCCUGCUCACGGACCUGCUGCUGUCACAGAAUCUGCUGCAGCGGCUGCCUGACGGCAUUGGCCAGCUGAAGCAGCUGUCCAUCCUGAAGGUGGACCAGAACCGCCUGUGCGAGGUGACUGAGGCCAUCGGGGGCUGUGAGAACCUGUCCGAGCUGAUUCUGACCGAGAACCUCCUGACGUCCCUGCCACACUCCCUGGGGAAGCUCAUCAAGCUGACCAACCUCAACGUGGACCGGAACCGCCUGGAGGGGCUCCCGGCCGAAAUCGGCAGCUGCACCGCCCUCAGCGUGCUCUCCCUGCGGGACAACCGCCUGGCCGUGCUACCGCCGGAGCUGGCGCACACGGCCGAGCUGCACGUGCUGGACGUGGCCGGGAACCGCCUGCAGAGCCUUCCCCUGGCGCUGACGCACCUGAACCUGAAGGCGCUGUGGCUGGCGGAGAACCAGGCGCAGCCCAUGCUGCGCUUCCAAACGGAGGAGGACGCCCGCAGCGGUGAGAAGGUGCUGACCUGCUACCUGCUGCCCCAGCAGCCCCCACCCAGCCUCGAGGAGUCCGUGGUGCAGAGCAGCCCCCCCGAGAGCGAUGCUCCGCCAAGCCGCAUCAGCGUCAUUCAGUUCCUGGAGGACACUGAGGGGGCUGAGGACACUGACGAGGCUGCUUCCGAGACUCGGGGCCUGCAGCGCCGUGCCACGCCGCACCCCAGUGAGCUGAAGGUGAUGAAGAAGGGCAUGGAGGAGCGCCGGGCUGAGCUCCCCUCCUGCAGGAUGGGCCCCGGGUCCCCCUCACCUGCCCUGGAGGACCAGAGGCUCAGCACCGAAUCUGAGGCUUCGCACCCGUCCGCCAGCACCGGCUCUGAGGGCAUGUCUGAGGGCCUGCCAGCCCAGGCCGAGGAUCUAGGUCAACAGGAACCUACGGUUGCCAGUCCAGAGGAGGAGUAUGAGGAGCCCACAGUGCACUUCGCGGAGGACACACUGCUGCCCAGGGAGGACAGUGAGGAGGAGGAAGGGCAGCCCGAGGCCCCCUGGCCCGCGUCCGGUGGCCGGCAGCGAUUGACCCGCAAGGAUACACCACAUUACAAGAAGCACUUCAAGGUCUCCAAGCUGCCACGGCCUGAGGCAGUUGUGGCCCUGCUGCAAGGCGGGCAGCCGGAUGGCGAGGGCCAGGCUGUGCCCGGAGGCUGGCACAAUGGCCCCCACACCGCCUGGGCUCUUCAGGCUGAGGAGGAGGAGGAGGAAGAAGAAGAGGAGGAAGAGAACCAGGCGGCAGGGGAGGAGGAGGAGGAGGAGGAAGAGCCGGAGGAAGAAGCCGCAGCUGCUGCACCCUCAGUCAAGGGGGUGUCCUUUGACCAGGCCAAUAACCUGCUGAUAGAGCCGGCCCGCGUUGAGGAAGAGGAGCUAACGCUGACCAUCGUCCGGCAGACGGGGGGCUUGGGCGUCAGCAUCGCGGGAGGCAAGGGCUCCACCCCCUACAAGGGGGAUGACGAGGGCAUCUUCAUCUCGCGGGUGUCGGAGGACGGCCCUGCGGCCCGGGCCGGCGUGAGAGUUGGGGACAAGCUGCUGGAGGUGAAUGGCGCGGCCCUGCAGAGCGCCGAGCACCAGGAGGCCGUGGAGGCCCUGCGGGGGGCAGGCGCCACCGUGCAGAUGCGGGUGUGGCGGGAGCGCAUGGUGGAGCCGGAGAAUGCCGUCACCGUCACACCGCUGCGGCCCGAGGACGACUACUGCCCACGGGACAGGCGAGGGGGCAGCCUGCGCCUGCCCCUGCCUGAGCCUGGGCCCCCUCGCCAGCGCCACGCUGCCUGCCUGGUGCGCAGCGAAAAGGGGCUGGGCUUCAGUAUCGCCGGUGGGAAAGGCUCCACGCCGUACCGGGCUGGCGACACGGGCAUCUUCAUCUCCCGGAUCGCGGAGGGCGGGGCAGCCCACCGAGCAGGCACCCUGCAGGUUGGCGACCGAGUCCUCUCAAUCAACGGGGUGGAUGUGACGGAGGCCCGCCACGACCUUGCUGUGUCCCUGCUCACCACGGCCUCGCCCACAAUCGCACUGCUGCUAGAACGGGAGGCUGAGGGGCUCCCGCCCCCCAGCCCACCCCCACACUCCCCCCCGCCCCCUGCUGCCGCCACCAUCCCGGCCAUUGCCAGCACCCCAGAGCCUGGGCCACUGAGACUGGCCCCUAGCCUGCUGGCUGCUGCCCUCGAGGGGCCCUAUCCAGUGGAGGAAGUCCGGCUGCCCCGAGCCGGUGGCCCGCUGGGACUCAGCAUCGUGGGCGGCUCCGACCACUCCAGCCACCCGUUUGGCAUCCAGGAACCAGGGGUGUUCAUCUCCAAGGUGCUGCCUCGUGGCCUGGCUGCACGCAGCGGCCUGCGCGUGGGCGACCGGAUCCUGGCGGUGAAUGGGCAGGACGUGCGAGAAGCCACGCACCAGGAGGCAGUCAGCGCCCUGCUGCGGCCCUGCCUGGAGCUGUGCCUGCUGGUGCGCCGGGACCCACCGCCUCCCGGCAUGCGUGAGUUCUGCAUCCAGAAGGCCCCCGGGGAGAAGCUGGGCAUCAGCAUCCGAGGGGGCGCCAAGGGCCACGCAGGGAACCCCUGCGACCCCACGGACGAGGGGGUGUUCAUCUCCAAGGUCAGCCCCACGGGUGCAGCCGGCCGAGACGGGCGUCUGCGGGUUGGGCAGCGCCUCCUGGAGGUGGACCAGCAGAGCCUGCUGGGCCUGACGCACGCAGAGGCCGUGCAGCUGCUGCGGGGCGUGGGCCAUACCCUGACCGUGCUUGUGUGUGAUGGCUUUGAUGCAAGUGCCGAGGCCGCCCUGGAGGUGUCCCCAGGUGUCAUUGCCAACCCCUUUGCUGCCGGGCUGGGCCACCGCAACAGCCCGGAGAGCGUCUCCUCUGUGGACCCGGAGCUGAGCCCCGAGGCCAAGGACACGGAGCUUGCCAGUCAGACCCUGACUCAGGGGCUAGAGGCCACCGAAGCCAGGGGUCCAAGCCCAGAGCUGCUGAAGCUGGACUGCUGUGCCCUGGCUGCAGUGCCCAGCAGUGGCAGCAUACUGAGGGUGCCAUCAGGGGCCACUGGAGCUCGGAUAGCUGAGGCCCCCUGCUCCCCCAGCGGCCAGCAGCCACUAUCCCCGCCAUCUCCGGAUGAGCUGCCCGCCAAUGUGAAGCAGGCCUACCGGACCUUCGCGGCAGUGCCCACCCAGCACCCUCCCGACAAUGUCUCGGUCCAGCCCUGCCUGCCCAGGCCGGCAGCCUCUCCAGAGCAGCUGCCCUUUCGUGAGAGGCAGAAGUACUUUGAGCUGGAGGUGCGGGUGCCCCAGGCCGAGGGCCCACCCAAGCGGGUUUCCCUGGUGGGCGCUGAUGACCUGCGAAAGAUGCAGGAGGAGGAAGCGCGCAAGCUGCAGCAGAAGAGAGCACAGAUGCUGCGGGAGGAGGCCUUGGCAGCUCCGGAGGCGGGGCCCGCCCUGGACGGGGAGAGCCCGGACCAGCAGGAGGACGAGCCACCCUGGGCCCAUGACGUGUCAGCAGGAGGGCUCGGCCCGGCAUCCCCACUGCCCCCGGGAGGCAUUGCCCCUGUGCGGACGGCCAAGGCCGAGCGGCGGCAUCAGGAGCGACUGCGCGUGCAGAGCCCCGAGCUGCCGGCCGUGCCCGAGCGAUCUCUGGAGCAGGACGCCCUUCGAGCGCAGAUGGUCCUCAGCAAGUCCCAGGAGGGGCGGGGCAAGCGCGGACCCCUGGAGCGGCUAGCAGAAACCCCCUCGCCUGCACCCACGCCCUCACCCACCCCCUUGGAAGACCUUGGCCUUCUGACCAGCACCUCUCCAGGACUGCUGCCCUUGUCUGGGAAGAAGUUUGACUACAGGGUCUUCGCAGCCCUUCCCUCUUCCAGACCUGUCUAUGACAUCCAGUCCCUGGACUCUGCUGAGGAGCUGAGGCCCCUGGAAGAGUCUCCAAGCCCCUGUCCGCAGGAAGAGGAUGGGGAAGUAGCCCUGGUGCUUCUGGGCAGACCCUCGCCGGGCGCCCCUGGGCCGGAGGAGGUUACCCUCUGCAGUAGCCGCCGACCUGUGCGGCCGGGGCGCCGGGGCCUGGGCCCGGUGCCUUCCUAGAGGGGCCAGGGGCCACCACCUCCCCUGCCAUGGGGGCUCCCUGACUUGGGGUGGGGGUCUUGCCAGCUCCCCACACCACCCCCACUCCAAGUCUUUUAACCUGGGCUGUAGCAUUUUAAAGAGACCCCCCUCAGGACUGGCCUCUGACUAACCCCUCACCCCCAGCCAGGACCUCUUUGGCGAGACUGUAACUAGUGACGUUUGUACAACCAAAGACUCUAUUUUGUGGUUUAAGGAGAAUAAAGUUGACUACAUUUUA